UGUAUUCAGGAAAUAAUGUAUUUAUCUGUUUUGUACCAAUGGCUAGAAGCAGAUCGUCAUGGCAAGAGCCAAGAUGCUGCCAAUUCGACUUCAGGUGAAAAUUUUGACCAGAGCCCUCUGAGAAGAACAUUCAGGUCCAAAGUUCUGGCCCACUACCCUCAGAACAUAGAGUGGAACCCGUUUGAUCAAGAUGCAGUGAACAUGCUGUGCAUGCCUAAAGGGCUGUCUUUCAGGACACAAAGCGACAGUAAAGACCCUCAGUUCCACUCGUUUAUAAUUACUCGGGAAGACGGUUCUCGCACCUAUGGCUUCGUCCUCACUUUCUAUGAAGAAGUUACAAGCAAGCAGAUCUGCACGGCGAUGCAGACGCUCUACCAGAUGCACAACGCAGAGCACUGCAGCAGCGUGUGCGCGUCCUCCUCCUGCAGCAUGGACUCGCUGGCCAGCAGCGCCGACGAGGCCGACACCACCUCCCUUCUGAAGCUCCAGCGGUACAACUCUUACGAUAUCAGCAGAGACACCCUGUAUGUUUCGAAAAGUAUCUGCCUCAUCACCCCACUCCCUUUCAUGCAGGCCUGCAAGAAGUUCCUGGUCCAGCUUCACAAAGCAGUUACCUCGCAGCAACCGCCCCCCUUGCCGCUGGAAAGCUACAUCCAUAAUAUUCUGUACGAAGUACCCCUCCCGCCUCCAGGGCGCUCACUUAAGUUUUAUGGUGUUUAUGAACCUGUCAUCUGCCAGAGGCCUGGACCCAAUGAGCUGCCGCUGUCUGACUACCCUCUCCGAGAGGCCUUUGAGCUCCUGGGGCUGGAGAACCUGGUGCAAGUGUUCACCUGUGUUCUGUUAGAGAUGCAGAUCCUUCUCUACUCACAAGAUUACCAGCGCCUGAUGACGGUGGCGGAAGGCAUCACCACACUCUUGUUCCCGUUUCAGUGGCAGCACGUGUAUGUGCCCAUCCUCCCUGCUUCCCUGCUGCAUUUUCUUGAUGCGCCUGUCCCGUAUCUCAUGGGCCUUCAGUCUAAAGAAGGAACUGACCGCUCUAAACUAGAGCUUCCUCAAGAGGCUAAUUUGUGUUUUGUGGAUAUUGACAACCAUUUUAUUGAGCUGCCUGAAGAAUUUCCACAGUUCCCCAAUAAAGUGGAUUUCAUCCAGGAGCUCGCUGAAGUCCUCCUUCAGUUCGGGAUUCCUCCUGAGGGCAGCCUCCACUGCAGUGAGAGCGCCACCCAGCUGAAGAACCUGGUGCUGAAGGACUUGGUCAGUGACAAGAAGAAUGGCAAUGUGUCCACCAGCAGCAUCAGCAUGUAUGAGCUGUUGAAAGGCAACGAGACCAUCGCUCGCCUGCAGGCCCUGGCCAAGCGCACUGGGGUGACUGUGGAGAAGGUGGACCUCUCCACUUCCCUGAGUGAGAAGGACAAGGACCUGAAGCUGCAGUGUGAGGAGGCAGAGCUCAGGGACUACCAGCUCAAUGUGCAGCUACGGGAGGUCUUCGCUAACCGCUUCACACAGAUGUUUGCAGACUAUGAAGCGUUUGUGAUUCAGACCGCUCAGGACAUGGAGUCCUGGCUGACCAACCGGGAACAGAUGCAGAACUUUGACAAAGCUUCUUUCCUGUCUGACCAGCCUGAGCCUUACCUGCCGUUUCUUUCACGCUUCAUUGAAACACAGAUGUUUGCUACCUUUAUUGAUAAUAAAAUUAUGUCUCAGUGGGAAGAGAAAGACGCUUUGCUUCGGGUCUUUGAUUCUCGGAUUGAGAAGAUAAGAUUGUACAAUGUAAGGGCGCCCACCUUGCGGACAUCUAUAUAUCAGAAAUGCAGCACUUUAAAAGAAGCAGCCCAAUCCAUUGAGCAAAGACUAAUGAAAAUGGAUCACACUGCAAUCCAUCCACAUCUGCUAGACAUGAAAAUCGGUCAAGGCAAAUAUGAGCAAGGAUUCUUUCCAAAGUUACAGUCCGAUGUCUUGGCCACAGGGCCUACCAAUAACAACCGCUGGGUGAGCCGGAGCGCCACGGCGCAGCGCCGGAAGGAGCGCCUGCGGCAGCACUCGGAGCACGCCGGCCUGGACAGCGACCUGCGGGAGAAAUACAUGCAAGAGGCGCGAAGUCUAGGAAAAAACCUGAGACAACCCAAGCUGUCAGACCUCUCUCCCGCAGUGAUUGCACAGACCAACUCAAAAUUUGUAGAAGGCUUACUAAAGGAGUGUAGGAUGAAGACCAAGCGCAUGCUGGUGGAGAAGAUGGGCCACGAGGCCGUGGAGCUGGGCCACGGGGAGGCGAACAUCACUGGCCUGGAGGAAAACACCUUGAUCGCCAGCCUCUGCGACCUGCUAGAGAGGAUCUGGAGCCACGGCCUGCAGGUCAAGCAGGGGAAGUCGGCUUUGUGGUCACAUUUAAUCCAGUUUCAGGACAGAGAAGAGAAACAGGAGCACCUCGCAGAAUCCCCAGUUGCCCUCGGACCAGAAAGAAGAAGAUCCGACUCAGGAGUUAUGUUACCAACACUCAGGGUUUCUCUUAUCCAAGACAUGAGGCACAUUCAGAACAUGAGCGAGAUCAAGACGGAUGUCGGGCGAGCUCGAGCGUGGAUUAGGUUGUCUCUGGAAAAGAAGCUUCUGUCUCAGCACCUCAAGCAGCUGCUCUCCAACCAGCCGCUCACCAAGAAACUGUACAAGCGCUAUGCUUUUCUGCGCUGUGAGGAGGAGCGAGAGCAGUUCCUCUACCACCUUCUUUCCCUCAACGCCGUGGACUACUUCUGCUUCACCAGCGUGUUCACCACCAUCGUGAUCCCAUACAGGUCCGUAAUCAUACCGAUUAAGAAACUGAGCAAUGCAAUCAUCACCUCGAACCCUUGGAUCUGUGUGUCGGGAGAGCUGGGAGACACAGGGGUGAUGCAGAUCCCCAAGAAUCUCCUGGAGAUGGCUUUCGAGUGUCAGAACCUGGGCAAGCUCACCACCGUGCAGAUCGGGCACGACAACUCGGGGCUGCUGGCCAAGUGGCUGGUGGACUGCGUCAUGGUCAGAAACGGGAUCACGGGACACACGUACAGGUUCCCGUGCGGGCGCUGGCUGGGGAAGGGCGUGGACGACGGGAGCCUGGAGAGGAUUCUCAUCGGGGAGCUGAUGGCGCCCGCGGUGGAGGAAGACCUGGGGCGGCAGUGUCGGACCCCGCCCCAGCAGAAGUCACCCACGGCGGCACGGAGGCUGAGCAUCACCUCCCUGACCGGGAAGGCUGCACGGCCCAACGCAGGCCAGAUCCAGGAGGGGAUCGGAGAAGCAGUGAAUAACAUCGUGAAGCAUUUCCACAAGCCUGAGAAGGAGAGGGGGAGCCUGACCGUGUUGCUCUGUGGAGAGAACGGCCUGGUUGCAGCCCUCGAGCAAGUUUUCCACCACGGCUUCAAGUCAGCCCGCAUCUUUCAUAAGAAUGUCUUCAUAUGGGACUUCGUGGAGAAGGCAGUCGCUUACUUUGAAGCCACCGACCAGCUUCUAGACAGCGCAGACGAGGCCCUUCUUCAGAAAUCGGCCUGCAGAACCUUCUGCCACUACGUGAACGCCAUCAAUACCGCACCCAGGAGCAUUGGGAAGGAUGGCAAAUUCCAGAUUUUAGUUUGCCUUGGAACACGGGACCGCCUGCUCCCCCAGUGGAUCCCGCUGCUGGCCGAGUGCCCCGCCAUCACCCGCAUGUACGAGGAGAGCGCGCUGCUGCGAGACCACAUGACGGUCAACUCGCUCAUCCGGGUCCUGCAGACCAUCCAGGACUUCAGCAUUGUCCUGGAGGGCUCGCUCGUCAAAGGCGUGGACGUGUGAAGGAGGGGAAGAAGGGCCAGUGGGCUUGCCCGCUGCGGGCCAGGGCCAGCGCCAGGGCCAGGGCAGGGCCGGGGGAUCUGUUUGUCUGGGCAGCCAGGCCAGGCUGCUGGACUGUAGUUCACUUGAACCUGGAAUUUAGUAUAAAAUAGAGUAUUUUCAUGUGGUAGAUGUGUGUAAAUACGCUGUCUUCUGUAAGAAGUUCUAUUCCCUAAUAAGAUACUUUUCUUAGAUCAACUAUUCCUGUGACUUACAGUGCGUAGUCUGAAAUGUCAGGGUGGGGCAGUGGUGCUAGUCGGGAAGAAGCCAAUGACCCAUCAGCACCGGCGUGUCGCGGAAUGGCCUCCUCGUGGUGCAGCCCUUGGGGUGGCCAGUGGACCGUCACCGUAGCCUCAGUUUAAACAUCUGACACCUUUCCCUUCAUUCCGAGUCACUGCUCCAGCCUUUGCAGCAGUCCUUCAGCCACACGAGGUAAAGAUGGUGAUUUAAAUACAGGCCCCAGGAGUUGGGCUGCACUGGAAAGAGCCCUCGAAGGCAGCCCUGGCAGUGUAGGACUGUGGGGGUGUAACAUCUUCCAUGCCUGGAGGAGAAUAGCCCAGACUAACUCCUGCUUGGAGUAUUUGCUCGUGUUGCUGCAGGUGUGGGAGGUUUCAGAGUGUUAGCAGCUCGCUUCUCCAGCAGCACCUUCGGCUGCAGGGCCUGUACCCUGACGUCACAGCCCUGGCCUGCCCGUCCCUCCCUCAGAAACGAAAGGACUGUGGAGGGAGGAGGUGGGGCAGGCCUCUGUGGGACCUGGCAUGUUCUGUGAAAGUGUUCGUUGACCGUGAUAAUAUAAAUAACAGGAGAGGGGGCGAAUGAACCCUUUCUGGGUGUCUCAGGGCGAGCUUUGUGUCCCUUUGUGAGAAGGGGCAAUAAUGUGAAACAGCUGGCCACAGAAGUUAAAGGCCACUGCAGCACACACUGCCUGAAAGGAAGCAAACCAGGAGGCAAUCGUUUUUGAAAGCAAAAGUUGUAACUUCGCGAUUUGAUGGUUUGGUUUGGUCUUGCUUUUGGUUUUUAGAGAGAAGGUCUAAAUUACCCAGACUGGGCCCAAACUUGCCAUCUUCCUGCCUCAGCCUCGCAGGGUGUUGAAAUGCAGGCCUGCCUCACACACCUGGGCAGUUUGACAGUUUAUAAAGAAGCUAAGUGAAUAUAGUGUCAGCUGGUUACUUUAGCUUCGUCUUCAGGCAGGUCUUGGAACUAACUAGGCACCGGCACAUGGUUAGCAGAAUUGCCUCAGCAGAGCUCAGCUUUUAUUCCCCCAUGGGGAGAAGUGGGCCAAGACCCCACAGGACCCUGCGGGAUUGGAGGCCUGGGCUUCAGCUGGCAUUGUUUCCUGGCGGAAGGGAGUAACGGAACAGUGCCUACCUCGUCAGCAACUCGGCCUCGAGCCCUGGCGCAGCCCCUUGGACAGGGGCUUGAAGCCCGGGGAGAGGGCACCAAGCGCUGCGUCUGGAGACCAUGGCGUACACAAGGGCGGUGGGAGGUGGAGUGCUGCAGGGCCGCAGCCGCCCUGGGGUGGAGGAGAGGGGGAGGCUUCGGCGCGGCCUCCCCUGGUUCACUGUGUUUAGUGAUCGAGGCCAGAGGGCCCGAGUUUGAGGGCAGACUGAGCAGCCUAGGAGACCUUGCCUCGUAAAAAGCCGCUGAGACACUGUAGGUGGCCCAGGGCAGGAUGUCACUCCUGCUGUCCUUCUUUCAGGCCCCGCUCCCAGACUCCAGGCCAGGGCGGCAUCCUCUCGUCCACCUUUCCACUGAACGGAUGGAAACCGAGCACUUGGGGCCUGGGGACACGGGGCUAGCCUACCCCACUGGCCACCGCACUGCUUGUUACACCAGGCUGCAGGACACCCCCUGCAAGGCGUCUGUAUUCAUCUGCCUGUAUGGGUAGGAAGUAAUAGUCCGUAAUGUUCAUUGAUAAGCACUGAUAAUUCACUAGAAGUAAUAUCUCCUGUAAAAACUGGGAGCAAGUUUGUAUGUGGGACUUAUGGGUAACAGCUCGUUCUUUUGAAUAAUUCCAGCUCUGGUAAAUCUUAGCCUUUCAAAAUAAAUUUAAUAAGGAAAUAGCAUAAAGUACUGAAGACGCAAGUUAGAUGCAUAAAAAGAAUGCUGCAACUGGGUUUGGAGUCACUGAGUGCGAUUAUAAUUUCAUUUUCCUGUGGCUUUCACCUGUCUCUGAGCCAAUACCAAAAUAUUUUGAGCAAGCAAGUAGCAGAACCCCUGAAUAAAUGCCCAUACCUGCUCACACUUUUGAUGGACCAUGCCCACUUAGAGGUAUCUUCUCUGUUACUUUUUAAAAUCCGUGUAUUGCUUUAGAAUCACACCUCAGAGAAAAUAGCCAAUGCUCUGUUUGCUCCCCCGCCCAAACUAAAAGCUAAUGCCUGGGACCAUAAGUAGUAUUUUCACAUCAUAACAGCUUGAGAAGAAACUUUCAGAAUGGAGUUGCUGGGCCGGGAUGUAGCUCAGUGACAGCCUUUGCUGGCACAGCCUGGGUGUCCUCCCCGCCACUGCGAAGGCAAGGCAGUGCGCCUGGGUUUGCAGACUUGACCUGUCUGCGAUCUGGGGGAAGGCGGCUGCGUUCGUUGGUGUGGGGAGGAUGGCUGUGGUUGUGUUUACCACUCAGUGUGGAGUUUGCAAAUGGAAUUUUGCCAAAUGCUUUUGUUUGCAUACCAAACUGUUUGCAAACAGACGCAUUCGCGGACCAAGGUCUUACUGUACACAAAGACAUGGCUAAAACUUACCUCCUCAGAAAUGUACUGUUUCUCACAUGUUCUAGGACCUGCACUCCCACCUUCCUGACGUGAUGGUGUUACCGACUUGGUAACCGUGAACCCUGUGCCAGCCCUGGGAGGAGCGGGCAGUGUCAGCACCUUAAAGAUGGUGGCGGGGGGGGGGGGGGGGCAGCAGAUGGGGCUCCCGUGGGGAGAGCAGGCUCCCGCCGUGUGUCUCCCUGGGAAUGAGAGUUGGAUACAAGAAAUUAAAAUGUGCAAAGGCUUGGAUUUCCCUCUAAACUUUAUUUUAAAUAUUUCACACAUUUUUAUACCUUUUGUAGUCCUGUGGUAUUUAUUUUAACAUGGCUUUUACAAAAUUGUUUUAAUGAAUUUGUCACUAUGUGAAUGAUGUAAGGGAAGUACUGACUUGUUCGUAUUUCCUUUUCUGGCAAUAAAGCACUGUUGUAUGUAACUGUAAGUGAAAAAGAGGCCAAGACUAUGCAUAGCAGCCUAUGUGCAGUACGUUUGGACACCCUGAGAUAUUCUGAAACAUGAAGCUAUAGGCAAGGACCUCAGAUCCCAGGGAUGUAUUUAUUUGACAGCAUUGAGAAUAUAGCUCUUCAUAACAAAAUAUCUUCUGCUAAGAAUUAAGACUUUUCAAUAGAGUUUUUCAUUUAGAAAACUGUGAGUAUUUUCUGUGAGGUUUACAGAAACUAGUCUAUCCUUUUCACAGUGUUGAAAGGACAAUCAGAUCUGUAGUAUUUAUAUCUCAGUAUUAACACACCUUCAUUGAUUGAGAAGGGUCUUGAGCUCUUUGUCUGUGAAUGAACCCUGUUUCUACAUGGUCUGCCUGUCUCUCACAUGAGUAUGUACCAUGACCGUCUCGUGUGUGUAGGAGACAGGAAGGGUAGCCGACUGCGGGGCCCCCUGUACAUCUGUGGAAUCAAACUGAACGCUGAGUCUUUGGAAGAGCUUGCUGUUGCGCUGUGACCGAAGGAGUCGAGGCGCGCUGGCGGUAGCUCAGGUGUGCAGCACAUGCGUAGCACGCGCAGGGCCCUGGCUCAGUCCCCGGCAAAACCGUAGCAUCGAGGUUAUCAACGCCAGCAUGAAAACAAGUCAUCAAGCAGAGUUACUCCACUCCGAAGCAGUCCAGCGUACCCUCGGGUUAUGCAGGCAGCAGUGCCGCGUGGCCGGCUGACGGAGCGUGCCCGUGGGGUGGAGCCGUCUCUGUGCCACACGUCGCGUCCCGUUGACGGUGGAGAAGCACAGCGGAGUCUGGUCAGUGAAUGCGGGUGUGAAGCGGACGCAGCCCGUGUUACACUUGAGCCGUGUGUAAAUGUACCUUGUGUCUUUUUUUAAUUAGCAUUUCUGCAUUUAAAUUAUAUUUUUCCUUUGUAUUGUUAACGAAGUGUAUCGGAACUGGAUUUUUUUCCUCAUCUGAACGUAAUACAAAAUUUAAAGAGUAUUGUGAUAUUAAGCACUUUAACAUAUCAGACAAACCGACAUGGGUUUUUCAGGUUUUGGAGUACAUUUAAAUACGACUUUUCAUGCUUUGUUCUUUACAAAUAAAACUGUGGGGUUGAUAA